CUCAAAAUGUGUAGGUAAGACAUUGUUUUUUAUUUAUUCGAGGGGUCGUUUUAAGACCUAAGCAAACGACAUCUCCCGCCCACUUUCUUGCACGGUUUUUUUCAUUUGCAAAUAAACGUCUUCAUUUCGAUCCUGCUCAGAGAAACGGGCGACCGUGUGGAUCCGUGCCGCCUCUGAUAUUGCAAACGGAUGGCGGUUAACUUGCUGAGCUGAAUAUAACUUUAAACGGCAUACGUGGAGUGUCAGACUAAUUAUAGAGGACGCCAAUAAUCCCAUCCGACACUACAGAGAUCCCUGAGCACUGGCGGCGCAGGAUCAGGAGAGCGAGCAUGCGGCCAGGCGAGCGGUACCAGCCUUGCUGAGCAUUUGGAUCCAGCACCGCAAGGGACUGAAGGCUCCGCUCUUUCCUCCCCCAGAUUUUCAUGCCAUUGAUGGGAUUUUAAUCGUGUCCAAAAGAAGCCGCGUUGGGUCCGAACAAAGUCAAGAAUGCCAAAACCUAACGGGAGCGCAUCUGAGAGAUAUUAACGCUUUCGUUAAAAAUAUACGCCUCGCACAAGUUUGCCAUUCUGAGUGUACAUUUCUCGACUCUGCCCUUCUGGAUUGAAAUGGUGCAAUGUCCCAGGCACGGCUCCUUCGCGUUCACUUCUGGUCCGCUCUGGUGGCCACGGCGUUACUUCUGGUAGCACCUUGCGUAAAAGCGCACAGCUGUCACGAAGUGAAGACCGCCUUUCAGCUGCGCCACAUCGGUCCCCUGAAGUGGGUACCUGAGGCUCCUGGCACAGAUGCUGACUUGCAGAUCUGCAAGCACCAGGGUCCCACCUGCUGCACCCGCAAGAUGGAGGAGAGCUACCAGGCAGCCGUGCGGAGGGAGACCCUGCAGAACAUCCGCUCCUACAGCUUUGAGCUGAAGUACCUGAUCAUGGGCCAUGCCACCAGCUUCCAGGACACCUUCCAGUCAUUGGUCUCCUUUGCCAUGAACCAUACACUGGCGCUCUUCGACACUGCCUACCAGCCACUGGCGCAGGAUGCACGACCCCCGGUGGCAGGCCUCUUCGGCGACCUGGCACUUUUCCUGCAGGGUGGUGCCGUGACAGCAGAGGGCGCUGUGGCCCGCUUCUUUGACGAGCUCUUUCCACCAGUAUACGGGCGGCUGUUGACCCCGGGCUCACCUCCUCCGGUGGCCCAGCGGGCCGAGUGCCUACGUGCCACACGCCGGGACCUGAGCCCAUUUGGGCCGCACCCACAGGCGCUGGCGGCAGAGUUGGAGCGGGCGCUGCGUGCAGGCCGGGCGUUGAGCCGGGCGUUGGCAGCGGGCACAGAGGCCCUGAACGCCACGGAGAGCGCGCCGCUGUCACGGGAGUGCGGCCGCGCCCUGGUGCGCAUGCAGUACUGCCCUCACUGCCGUGGGCUCACGCUUGUGCGGCCCUGCGCCGGCUACUGCCUCAAUGUGAUGCGCGGCUGCCUGGCUGGCCUCUCGGAGCUGGAUGCACCCUGGCGCCGCUACGUCGCUGUCCUCGAGGGCCUCACUGGGGCCCUGGCUGGGGCCCAUGACCUGGAGCUGGCACUGCUGGGCAUCCGUGACCAGGUCAAUGAGGCCAUCUUGUACACGCAGCUGCACGGCCCGCGCAUCAGCGCCACCGUGGAUAAAGUAUGUGGUCAGAACAGCGAGGCGUCUUCAGCAGCAAGCACGUCCCAGCCCCCACCCGCGACUUCCUCAUUACCUCCCCCUAAUCCCAGGCAUGAAGCCCCAUUGGAUCGACUGGCACACCUGAAGAGCUCACUACCUCUGAAACCCUCCAAGAAUGAUAAACCUAGGAGUGUGAAAAAGAUCUCUAGGGAAUUCAUGAGCUACAUCCAGCGCUACAGGACGUUCUUCGCCACGUUGCCGGAGAUGCUGUGUGAGACGGAAAUGGUGGACGAGUUCUGGACCUGCUGGAACGGCGAGGAAGUGGUGGAGAGCUAUUCCGGACGAGUGGUGGGCAGCGGCCUGCAGGCCCAGAAGCUGAACCCAGAGAUCAAGGUGCGCAGCGCAGACCCGGUUCUGCUGGAGCUGAAGGAGAAGCUUGAGCUCUUUAAUCAGGAGAUGGUUGGUGAGGCAACAUUGGUGCGGAGCAGCGGGGUGUGGCUAGAGGCAGGCAGCGGGGUUCCGGACGCCAGCGGCGAGUGUGAUGACGAAGACGGCUGCCAGGGCUCUGGAUUCAAUGCCGCUGCAGAGGACGAGGACGACAUUGACACCUUCCACAGCAAGGGGACGUCCCGCAGGAAGGACCCCCCUCUAGAGAGCCCCCGGCGCCCCCCCACGGUCCGCAUCCCAUCGGGGAAUUCAGAUGCGCCCCACACCAUUGCCCCCACCUCCAUGCUGCUCUUGCUGGCUGCCACCCUCUUCAUGCUGGUGUCACAAAUGCAGUGUCACCUGCUCUGAGGGGGGUGUCCAUAGGAUUCACUCCUGCCACCCCUCCCCCUGCCGCUGUGAGAUGGACUGCAACACCGGAGCUGAGGGCUGGACUGGCCUGAACUGGGGGUAGGGGGAGGGGUCAUCUUUCCUUGCUGCUUUUCCUGGACUCUGUUCUCAUUGGCUGGGACUCCAGGGGGUGUGAUUUGGGGCGGGGGUCAAUGACAGCCAUGUUUGCAAUUUGCUCUCAGGUAGCUGACCGCAUGUGGGGAGGGGGCCACGUCCCCCCCACUCCCAUGCUUUCCUGAAACUCCCCCCCCCCACAACCACAGGCCACAGUUACUCCUUAUAGCCUCAUAGCGCUACAUGCUAAUGUACUUCCCAAAACCACAGUCAGGCUCGCCCUUUACACCCAGAACCUUAGAACCGGGCCCUCCCGCACGACACCAGCACGAACAGAUCAGCGUGGGGUGGGGCCUGAGCCUGGGGAGCGUGUGUCUCACACCUGAUGCUGCACAUGGGGGGACUCAGAUGUGGAUCUGGACCCUUACUAAGCAGCAGCUCUGGAGAGCGCCAUCGCGAGGUGCCUGUGGAUAUGACACCCCCGUCAUUGACUUGCCCCAUGAUUUCCUUAUUAACACUCUUCUAAUUUAGCUCUUUUCUAAAUUACGCUUAUGCAUGAGUAUGGGGAGCAAUGUCUCCGCUUCUAGAACAAUCCACGUCCCGGGCUAGAGUCAGAAAGGCCGAGGAUCUCGGUACAGGGUGAUGGUGUUUAUAUAGCGCCUUGUAUCUGCGCACCUGGUCUCACCCCUUCCUGCCGUAACCUCAAAAUGGCGUUGGUCUUGUUGCCUCAGACGGUGCUCCCCAGGCUCGGGCGUAAUGAGAAGCCCCCCCCCCCAAUCCCCUCGUGCCCCCUCCCUGACCAGCAUGCGACCACAGCACCAAGUACGUGUAUAAAUGUACAUACUCCACACACACCUCCAGUUCUCUCCUGUUUCUUUUUUUAAUGCUUACCGUCUGCGUGGGCUCAACGGCGAGGCUUCCCAAACUCACCUACUGAGUUGCUCCCUCUGAGAAGAAGUGUGUUGAUUGGGGGGGGGGGGGAAUCACAUGACAAGGGGCUGGUGGGGGGGGAGGGGUUAGUAUCACAGCAAGUUCCUAUGAUUCCAUGCUCAUCACAAACUGUCUUCUAAUUGGGCCGAGAAAUUUCACUUAGCGCCCAGAACCAAGGCUGAACCACCAAGGCCUCUGAAAGCGAAAGAUGAAUGGACAUCCAUCCAUCCAUCCAUCCAUGCAUCAGGAUUGGAGCUGCAAGGUGGGCACUGUACCUUUCUGAAAACAGCCAGGAUGAAAUAGCAAGAGGACCGGAUACCGCCUUUGGAGAAAGCGGCUGCGGGUCCGUGUGACUCAGCCAUCAGUUCUUUGUUACUUAGUUUCUCUGAAAACCUGCGAGAUGCCAGUGCC